AUGCACAUCUUCGCACCGACAGUGUGGGCGUGCACGGCGGCGACAGUUGACCUGGAGGCGGUGCGACGAGCGUUGCAGGAUGACUCCUUCGCGCAAGCAAAGAUGGCAGAGGCGCACAGGGGCACGGCAGCGACCGACGAGUUCCAGCUGCGAGAUGGUUUGCUCAUCCGUAAAGGGGCCAUCUACGUGCCGGGAGACGAACUUCGCGCCAAGGUACUGCAGCAGCUGCACGGCGCGCCCACUGCCGGGCACUUUGGCAAGGAGAAACGGUGGAAUUAGUAGCCAGAGACUUCUGGUGGCCAGGAAUGAGAGGGAAGUCGCGGACUACGUGGCGAGGUGUGACACCUGCCAGAGGGCCAAACCAGUGCACAGACCGCCGGCCGGACUGCUGGAACCGCUGCAAACUCCGUUCGAACCAUGGGAGAGAGUGGCCCUGGACUUUGUCACGGAUCUGCCCAGCUCGAGGGGCAAGACGGCUGUGCUGGUGGUGGUGGACUUGUUCUCCAAGAUGGCACAUUUCAUUCCGUGUGCGAAGGUGGCCACGGCGGAACAAACCGCCAAACUGUUCAUAGACCACGUGUUCAAGGUUCACGGUCUGCCGCGGUCUAUUCUGUCCGACCGAGGGCGACAGUUCAUCUCGAACUUCUGGCAGAGGCUGAUGGGCUUCCUGAACGUCAAGAUCAACCUGGCGUCGGCUAGACACCCACAGACCAAUGGGCAAGCGGAGCGGAGUCAAUGCCAUCAUGCAGCAGUACCUGAGAUGUUAUGCGAAUCAACAGCCUGCGACGUGGGUGGAUUACCUGCCUCUCGCCGAGUUCGCCUACAACAACACGAAGCACGUGUCCACGGGGGUCACGCCGUUCUUCGCCAACAACGGGAGGCACCCCAGAACCUUCCCGGGACUGGAAAGAAUGGGGGAGGGAGCCGCAGACAGCAGAUGCAUUCGCGUCGGAGUUGCAGGAGGUCCACGAUCAGCUGCGGCGGCACCUGGAGCUGGCUAAACACGCAUACAAGGUACAAGCGGACAAACACAGAAGGGUUGGCGAAGAGAUCCAUGUGGGAGACUGGGUCUGGUUAGCAGCCCACGCAGUGUCGGCCAGGUCGUUGGCGAAGAAGAAACUAGGGCAUAAACAACUGGGGCCCUACCAGAGUCGAAGAACAGGUCAACCCGGUGGCUUUCAGGCUGGCUCUUCCGGAGGGUUCCAGAAUGCAUCCGGUGUUCCACAGAUCGGUGCUCACUCCCUACAAGGCACCUCACAGGUUUCAGGAACCAGGAACGGCACCGGGUCCGCUCCGAGAGAGAACCGGGCAGGGGGGAGUGGCACGGGAGGAGCGCAUCAACGAAGUCACGGAGAUUUUGGACUCCAGAUGGGGGGAAGAGGGGUAGAAUACCUUCUCGCCAAGGAGGGCACCCCGGCCAGUGCCAACAGCUGGGUGCCGGGCUACGCUUUAGACGAACCUCUGCUCAAAGAAGAGUUUCAUGCCCUCUUCCCACAUAGGCCAAUGCCAGCAGACUUUUCGACGACUGGCUUUUCACGCCCACGCUUUCAGCCAGCACGUUCCGGGGGUUCGACUCGGACGAGGAACCGACACGAGACGCCCGUUCCCCGGAGGAGUCACCCUCAGGAUCUGCUUCAGAACCCUCGUAUUGGUGGGAUGAUCGACCAGAGGAGCAGUUCCGUAGAAGGUGGCUGGAGGGUCCAGGACGAGCAACGUCUCCAGAAGGCAACGAGGAGAGACGGACAUGGACUUUUCGGGGACGACCCGGGUUUCGAGCACGGCGGCACAGAGAUGGAAGCGGAGGUGACCGUCGUCAGCGAGAGCAGGGAGGAAGAACCGGAAGACUUCAGAUGGCGGCCCGCCACGGGAAGCGAACUGUAUCCGACAUUCGUCCCCUGACACGGCAGCACCCAGAUCCCGCACCGGAAGGAGGGAGGGGGAAGAGGGGGCUUCGAGGGGGAUGGAUGUCAGGGGUUCAGGAGCAGAGGCAAGGGCAAGGGAGGAAACAGAGAGCGAGGGGAGGAGGCAGAAGAAAAGAUGAGUGAUGACGACGACCCGAGAUCUCCGAGUCUUUCCAGUGAAUCAGAAGAUUCACAGAAAGGAGCACCAGUGGCCAGGGCAAGGGGGGAGCCUAGGGGGACACCCCAGGAAGAUAGAGCCAGAGGGGACUCAGAAGGGAGCAGUUGGAAAUCGGGACCAACGUCACCGCCAGAGAGCAGGGAAGAGGAAGGGCGCCAGGGAUCAAGCGCUGGCAACUCACAACAGGGGGGAGGGCACGAGUCAGGAGUGGCCACACCCCCAUCGAGGAGCGAAGAAACGGUCAGACGGAAGGUGGAAGGUUGGGCGCGCGCAUGAGUUCAAAUGCACAGGAAGGUGGCGCAGUAGGCAGCCCGGAAAGGGAGCCAGGUCCUAAAGCCCGCCGAAAGGAGGGAGAAGAGUCAGGGGAGUCAGCGUCAGCGUCAGAGGAAUCCCGGAAGGAAGAGACCCCGGGGGGGCAGAGGGACCCAGAGAAGAACAGUCAGGCGGAAAAGGUGGAGCAGGGCUAGGAUAUUAAGUUGGUGUACAAAGGGCGGAGACUCAGACGGAGCUUCGCCGGUCUAAGCAUGAGACGUAGAGUUGCACGCAGCAGCUUGAGAAUGGAAACUGUAACUCAAUAAAGACUUUUGUUUAAUGAUCGCUGGCUAGCGUGAUCCUCUGUGAGCUAGGAUCUGGAAGCAGCUCUGACACUACUGGAUCAUGCAGUGCCAGCCAGCUCAUCCCCAGUAUUAUCGGGGGUCCUGCCAGUGUGGCCACGUGAAAGGCAAUGGUCUCCGUGUGCCUGGAAACCCUCAUUCGCAUUGGUGGGGUCUGGUGCGUCACUUCCCCUCGCAGAAGUUCCCUGCCAUCGAUGGUGGUCACUUGCAAGGGGAAAUCCAGGGGUAGCAAGUGUAGUUGGUGCUCCAAAGUGAAAUCCCUGCUGAAGAAAUUGCAGGAGCUGCCCGAAUCCAGCAGCCCCUCAACCUUGACUGGGUGCCCAUUCGGGAGUUCUAGCACCACUGCUAUGGCUAUAGCUGCCCUGGUGGGGUCAGGCUGGGGCACUUCUAUUGGUUGCUGGCCUGGCUGCUGGCCCCGCUGGUUGGCAGCCAGGCGUUGUUGUUUCCCUGCGCCUGCCCUUCCUCCCCCUUCUCCUCACAGCCAGCAGCCCCCACCAUCCCUUGCCAGGCCUUUCUUUGAGGGCAGACCCUGGCAAAAUGUCCCGGCCGUUGACAGAGGAAACACUUCUUGGUGGUUUUCCAAUCCUUCCCCUCCCUCUUGCGACUUUCAUUGGAGUUUGAAACCUCUCUCUCUCGCGCGCCAUCUAUUUCCAUUGGCUCAGCCGCCUGGGAAAGCUGUCUUGGUAUUUCAGGAAUGCGGUAGUCAUGGUAGCGUUCCCCUCUCACUUCGUGUUUCUCCUGAGCCCGCGCUUCCUGACGCACUCCAAUCGCAAGCACAGCCUUGGUCAGCUGAUCCAUCGACUGUGGGCGGGGCGCGCAGGACAGCUCGUCCUUCACCGUUGGGGACAACCCCUCCUCAAACAGCAUUUGAAUCAGUUCCGAGUCCAGAUCCCACCCGAGCCGGUGGAUCAACAUUGCAAAGCGCAACCAGUAGUCUCUAACUGACUGGCUCCCCUGCUUGCACCCCAUCAGUUCCCGCCGAGUCACACUUUGCUCCAAUUCACUAGAAUACAUCGCAUUCAUCGCCUGGAAGAAUUUCUUAAGGUCCUUCAAGGCAUGAUUUUGUGUCGCCAUAAGGGGCCUGAUCCAUUCGCGUGCCCCAUCCUCCAGAUGCCCCACAAUGUAGGCUACCUUUUCCCCAUCAUCAGCAAAGUCAUCAUGCUGCAGUUCCAAAGCGUACUCUAUUUCCGUUCGGAAUGCAUUGUACCAGCCCCGGUACCUUCCUUGCGAUGGGGGUGGGUCUGACCUGUGCAUCCUGAGUGCGUCUUUCGUCCAGCCGCGCCGUCAGGAGAGCUACAUGCUGUUCCAAGUCUCGGUUUCUCUCUACCAGACUUUGCACUCCAGCUGCUUGCUCCAUCUCUCCGGCUCCCCUGGUCUGGCUCAUCGUGCUGCCUCUCUGGAGCUGCGCACAAGCAACGUCGGUGACUGACGGAUUGCUGUAAUGGGUUUAGGAGUUGCUCGUGCGUAAGUUGCCGCCACUCCUGGCUAGGUUAUCUGGUUGAACCCUUUCUGACCGGACAGCCUCUAGCUCCAUGGCUGUCUCAGUCGCUGGCAGAAUCCGUCAGUGGGCGUUUCUUAAACUUCUUCCAGCACAAAAGUUCUUUGACGCCUAGUCUCCGCCUAGUCUCCCUGCGCGGAAGCCUUCUGCGCAGGGAGGGUGUGGGCAGCAGAGGACCCGUACUCUCUCUGCUGGUCUCCGGCGAGGAGUCUUGGAGCCUCCUCUCCGAUUCCCCCAUCUGCCCCCCUUCUCUACUGGUGUUACGCUGAUUUCCUUCCCCAGCGGACGGGCUGCCUCUCUCCCUACUGGGACCCUCUCCGGCAUCCCUCUGGAGCCUUCCCUCCGCUUCUAGCUCCGAUGGCAGUUCCCUGACAGUACGGAAACAUCGUUUAACUUCCCACCGGAGCGGUACCUAUUUAUCUACUUGAACUUGGACAUGCUUUCGAACUGCUAGGUGGGCAGGAGCUGGGACCGAACAAUGGGAGCUCAUCCCGUCGCGGGGAUUUGAACCGCUGACCUUCUGAUUGGCAAGCCCUAGGCUCUGUAGUUUAGACCACAGCACCACCCGCAUCCCAUUGUGAGGGGAGUACAUUCCAUCAAAUGAAAGAUUGGAAGAAAGAAUAGUGAGGCAGAAGAAAAGUAAAUUUAUGUUGCUAAUAUGUUGGUGGUGCUUACCAUAUAAUUUCCCUCCUUCCUACACUGUUCACAAUAUAGUCUUAUUUAGAUUAUGAAAUAAUAAAGUCCAAAAUGUUAAUGUGAAGUAUGUUCCCCCUGGGUUCAAUUACAUACCAUUACUUGUGGGAUUCACCUCUGGGCUUACCUUACUUACUCCAGAAGGACCUAUAAUACAAAUGCAGCUUACAAAAAAGGGAAAGAAAAUGAGAGCAAAAUACCUUCUUUAUCUCAAGGACUAAGCAGGACUCUUCCGUUUACAUGGAAGUGAACUAGAUUUCAAUUCAUUUCACUGACCUUAAAAACAAACAUCACUCUCUUAACACCAACGUUCCCUCUACAACUUCUUUGUGUUCUGGGUCUGUGAUGUAUUGUGGAGAGCAUAUUGUUAUAAACCUCUCAGAUCAACAUUAGGAGAAGUACCAGCAGGUAAGCAUUUUAGUGAAAAGGGGAAGACCAUGCUUUGACUUCUCAGUAGUAUUCAUACUGUUUCCAACACUUGGCCUGAUGAAGAAUCAGAGACAUAGCUAUUCAAGCUGGUUUGUGCGACUACCUACAAUUGAGAUGGCAAUCCUAUCUCAAUUCUUCUUUCUUUAUUUUCUUGAUUACCUGACUAAAGAGAACUGAAAGGUUGGGAGAAAUUUGUGUUAAAAUUUCAUUUUGGGAAAUGAGCCACUUAUACGUAAGACUGUAAGUUUACAACUUCUGACUGACAGUGGAGGCAAAGCAUUUCCACAGUGGGUGGUUUGUUUGAUUUUUUUGUCCUUUAAACACAUGCUCAGAUAUUUGUCGAUGAGUUUAUGACUUCCACAAUAAUUCUUUUUUUUUUGGACAGGGUAUCUACUGAAGAAGGAAUGGCUAUCUGGGUGUUCCAGAUAACCUUUUUGAUUUCUUAGAUGUGUAUUAAUGUGGGUUUUGAAUUUCAGUAAUUUUUUAUUUAGUAGUAGUCGUAGCAGUCUACUACUGGAUCCAAACUACAAGAAAGAAGAUUCCACCUAAACAUUAGGAAGAACUUCCUGACAGUAAGAGCUGUUGGACAGUGGAAUUUGCUGCCAAGGAGUGUGGUGGAGUCUCCUUCUUUGGAGGUCUUUAAGCAGAGGCUUGACAGCCAUAUGUCAGGAGUGCUCUGAUGGUGUUUCCUGCUUGGCAGGGGGUUGGACUCAAUGGCCCUUGUGGUCUCUUCCAACUCUAUGAUUCUAUGAUUCAGUCAUUGUUAUCAUCUUGCCUUCUACGAAAGUUUCUUAGGGCAAUAUACCAUAAAAACAGCACAAGAAAAAUUGAAAAACAACACACAGCAGAUAUCUUCAAAACUCAAAGCAAAGCAAAAUAGGCACCCAUGGUCCAUACAUUUGUCUUGGCGAGGUCUUCUGUCUUGGAUAGAGCAGUUUUUUAGGGAUGACCAAAACUGCAUACCUCCCGCUGUGACAUAUUUCUAAUUACUUCAUUCUUUUCACACUGCAGGAAAAUGUUAUGGCUGCUGAAAAUGAGACUGUGGUGACUGAGUUCAUCUUGAUUGGAUUAUCCGAAUACCCCAGAGCUCAGGCUGUAUUCUUUUGGUUCCUCUUGAUUGCCUACCUCAUUAGUGUGCUUGGCAAUGGACUUAUUAUUCUGCUGAGUAUAAAGGAUCCUGACCUUCAUACUCCCAUGUAUUUCUUUAUUUGUGUCCUCUCAUCACUUGACCUUAUCGUUACUAACAAUGUACUUCCAAAUGUCUUGGUCAACUGCUUCAUUUACAUGCCCACAAUUUCCUUCUCCGGAUGCCUGACGCAGAUGUACAUUGGUUUGUUAGUUGUCGCAACAGAAUGCAUCAUCCUGGCCAUCAUGGCAUAUGACCGAUUGGUGGCUAUAUGCCAACCCUUAUACUACAUGCAGAUCAUGAGCUGGAGAGUUUGCAUAGCCCUGGUGGCUGUCUCUGUAACACUUUGCUUCCUCUACACCAUAGCCACAGCCCUGUUGCGGCCUACUGACUUCUGUGGCCGACACAUCAUCAACCACUUUGCAUGUGAGUUACAGUCAUUCCUCAAAUUGGCUUGCUCAGAUACACAUAUCAGUGAGUUAUUUAUGCAAAUUUCCAGCCUUUUUCUCCUAAUACCACCCUUUGGUUUCAUAGUUGUGACAUAUGGGCGCAUAGGCCUGGCUGUACUGCGCAUCCGUUCAGCACAGGGUCGCAAGAAAGCCUUUUCCACCUGCAGCUCUCACCUUGUUGUCGUCAGUGUCUUCUAUGGCACAAUCAUGAUCAUGUACUUGAGGCCACAAGGGAAAUCGAUUUCUGAAAAGGACAAGCUCAUAUCUCUAACGUAUGGAGUUUUGACACCUAUGCUCAACCCUUUGAUCUACAGCCUGAGAAACAAGGAUGUGAAGGGUGCCUUUUGGAAACUGGUUGGAAGGAAAAUAUCAGAAUAAGUAUCAAAACAUGAUGAUAAGGCCAUAGCUUUCAAUUACUUUUAUUAGCAUAGGUCUGAUCUGAAGAUACUCGAGGGAAAAUGAUGUCCUUCACCCAUAUUUUUUUGUUAAUGACAUUUAACCAGCCCUGUUCCAUUAUAGCUCUCAGUUCUGUUAACCAGUUUCCCUCCCAGAGAUUCAUGUCCCCUAGAAGUGCCCCCCCAUCUACAUCCAGAAUUGAAGGAAACUGCAGCAAGCAGUGACAGCUCUGGACUUGACUUAAUUUGAAACCUUUUCCAAAUCAUAUAAAUGUUUGGAGUGACAGAGUUUCAUUAAAAAACUGUAUGUUCUCUCCUAUUUUUAUGGCAUAGGGAUUUUUUUAUUUCAGCAGGUGAACCAUUUUGUUUUAUUUUUGUUGACAGCAAAUUUUGCAAACCUUUUUUUAUAUUCUGAGCAUGGCUGUGUUGUAAUAGCAUUAUAUGUUAGGAAAUAUCAAACCACCUGAUAUUUGUUGACAGAAUGUUUUUGAUGUAAUUCUGAGUUUCCUGCAUGCCCAUAAAAAACUUAGAUAUUCCUAUUUUUCAUUCAUUUGUCACUCAUUGUCAGAGGAGUGCCAUUGGGACAGGGGAGGGAAGCAGGGGGAUACAGAGAGCCUCCAACGCUUCUGAGGAGCAGAAGCAGCUCCUUGUCCAACGGUGGGGAAAGCCACACCUCCAGUGCAGCAGAGGGGGAAGGGGGAAGCCAACUGAGAGCCCAAGCGCCUCACCUAGCCUGGCCAGCCAGGAAACAGGCACUCCCUUUCUGUCGCCCAGUUUGAGCAGAGGGGUGAAGUGUAAGGAGGGGAGGCAGAGAUUUGGGGUGUCUAAGUAUUCAUGCUGGGGGAGAAACCAGAAGGGGCCACUCCUGGAAUCUGCAAUAGACUAAGAUGGACAUGAACUUUGGGCUUCUGCACUGUAAAUAGCUGCACAAAUAAAAACCUGCAAAAGACAGGUUGGAGUCCUGCCUGGUUACUCGUGAGCAACCACAUCACCACCUGACACUCCUGUUUAAUAUAAUAGUAUUAGAAACAGAAUAUCUUUAUUUUUUAUAAAAGAGCUUCUUCCUGCCCCUGAGAAAUUUAAACUUUCCCAGUUUGAUAGAUCUAUUUUUAUUUCUCUAAUUGAUUUGGAAUGAUUGACUUAGAUCUUCCAAAUCUCCAGAUUCUCAGAUAUCCAGCUGGGGUCUCCUUUAAUCUACGCUUUAUGUUUCCCAUGUGUGUUACAAGCUAACUGGCUGGCGCUGUCCACCUCCAGCCACAUCAGGCCCCCAGGGAACAGUGGGCAGUGCCCACUUAGCCAAUCGGAGGCAGGGGCUUGGGGGUUGCAAGCAGCCUGCCCCUACCCUACUUAAGAGGGCGGCCAGGUGUGAGGAUCGUCGUGGGAUUUUUCCACCCACCCACCUAGUCCAUGGGGGGGGGGGGAGUGGGCACGUUGCCUAUGAGCCUUGCUAUGGUUUAUUCAGUCGCCAUAUCCAGGGCCAAGGGAAUUUUCUCCUGCAAGCAAACUGGGCAGCUUGCAGGUUUUUGCCUACCUCACAUCAGCUUUCACAACUUUGGCAAAUAAGGCAUUGGUCUGGAUACUUCAUCACAGGGGUCCUGUGAGAGGGGUCCAGGUGGGGUGACUCUGUCCGAGAGUCCACUGGGGGCCAAUGAACCAAAACACCCCUCCCAAUGGCAGCCUGUGCAGGGUUGGGGCAUCCAAUCCAUGUUGGGGGGUGGCUCCCCAGCAUAAGUUCGACCCCACCAGGUUCCUAUCAGGAAUCCAUGUCUCUCCUUGAGGCCAUGACACUAGUUUGGAUGAUAAAUUCAGUACCUUUUCCUGUUUAGUGCUGAUAGAUUGUAGUGUUAGCACACUUAAUAGGCACAACUCAGACAGUAGAUCUGCUUCAUGUUCAAAAGGUACAGUGGUACCUCAGGUUACAUACGCUUCAGGUUACAUACGCUUCAGGUUACAGACUCCGCUAACCCAGAAAUCGUGCUUCAGGUUAAGAACUUUGCUUCAGGAUGAGAACAGAAAUCGUGCUCCAGAGGCGUGGCAGCAGCACGAGGCCCCAUUAGCUAAAGUGGUCUUCAGGUUAAGAACAGUUUCAGGUUAAGUACGGACCUCCGGAAAGAAUUACCGUAUUUUUUGCUCUAUAAGACUCACUUUUUCCCUUCUAAAAAGUAAGGGGGAAAUGUGUGUGCGUCUUAUGGAGCGAAUGCAGGCUGCGCAGCUAUCACAGAAGCCAGAACAGCAAGAGGGAUCCCUCUUGCUGUUCUAGCUUCUGAGAUUUAGAAUAUUUUUUUUCUUGUUUUCCUCCUCCAAAAACUAGGUGCGUCUUGUGGUCUGGUGCGUCUUAUAGAGCGAAAAAUAUGGCAAGUACUUAACCCGAGGUACCACUGUAUUGGCUUGUCCACGGGAGGUGAAUCAACAAGGCUUCAUGGUAACAUAGUGGCUUCAAUGUUCUCUUGUUGAGUUGCCCUCACCUCUUGAGUUGCCCACUACUCUGCCAAGAGUCUUCUUCUUUGGCGAUCCUCGUAGCCGAGUAAGAUUGUCUUCCAUAAACAUGGUUUUAACAAUGAGUUCAUAAGUGAUUGUGGAGGCCAAUUCUGGAUCCACACGUCCUUCCACAGUGGGGACAUUGGUUUCCAGGCGGGAGUUGAUCACAGUGUGGAUUUUCCAAGCGUGCCUUCCUCUUGGCACAGGUCUCCCUUGCGUCCUGAGUUCGAGCAUCUUCAAAGCCCAUGACACCUUUGGUGAAGGCUGUUCUCCAAUUGGAGUGCUUGCAGGCCAGUGUUUCCCAGGAUUGAUAAUUUUGGCAUCCCUAAAAUCUGCUGGGAUCGCUUCUCUUUCCCAGAUUUUUUCGAUUAGCUUGUGAAGUUGUUGUGCAAGUUCGAUUCCACCCACUUUGAAGAUUUUAGCAGGUAUCCCAUCAGGUCCACUGGCUUUGUUGUUUUUCAUUUGGUUAAUAGCUGUACACAACUCUCCUAGAUUUGGAGAUACUGCAAGCUCGUCUCUAAUUUGUUUUUGUGGAAUUUGUGAGAGGACCUCAGCAGCUACGGGGGAGAUGCAGUUAAGGAGAUGUUGGUAGUGUUCCUUCCAGAGCAGUGCAAUAGCUUCUUUAUCUUUUAGAAGUGUGGUACUAUCUGCUGAGUGUAGGGGGCAUAUGCCAUGAUUUAUUGGCCCAUAGAUGGUCUUUGUGGCUUUAAAGAAACUCUGUACAUCAUGAGUGUUGGCUAAGUGCUGGAUCUCUUGAGCACUUAGGUAAAGGUAAAGGGACCCCUGAUCAUUAGGUCCAGUCGUGGACGACUCUGGGGUUGCAUGCUCAUCUCACUUUACUGGCCGAGGGAGCCGGCGUACAGCUUCCGGGUCAUGGCGAACCAGAGCAGCGCACGGAAACGCCGUUUACCUUCCCGCUGGAGCAGUACCUAUUUAUCUACUUGCACUUUGAUGUGCUUUCGAACUGCUAGGUUGGCAGGAGCAGGGACCGAGCAACGGGAGCUCACCCAGUCGCGGGGAUUCAAACUGCCGACCUUCCAAUCGGCAAGUCCUAGGCUCUGUGAUUUAACCCACAGCGCCACCCGUGUCCCCUUGAGCACUUAGUAUAAACCUAUUGGAUAUAGGUAACCCAGAUCAGAGGGAAGGUGUCCCACAAUGAAGUCAUCUAAUCAAGCAGAGACCCGUUAAAAUCACAGGCGGGAGAAGCCUGUGAGCGUGGGAUUUGGUGGGCUCCUUUUGCACCUCUCCCACUCGUGGGAAACCCUGGUUUUUGGGGCUCUGGAGUGACGUGGGGUGAGCAGUGCGGUGCAUCGAAUCGUCUGCUUCUUCCACGGAGCGAAGCCGCAUAGCUGUUGCCGGAGAGCGCUGACCUUUUCCUGUGGACAAUUUGACUUUAAAGUAAUUACCCGUGAAUAGAGCUGAAGUGGAAGAAUUGGAUUUCUAAAUGUUUAAUUUGGUACCGUAACGGGGAGGUUCAAAACAGGAAGUCCGCCUUCCCCUUUUGUAAAUAGACUGAGGCAAUGAAGUUGCAAGCUGGAGUCCUGGAAAGUGUAAAAGAUUAAAUUUCCAUCAAUAAAGAACAUUAAACCCCCUCUUGGAGGCAGGAGAAGUUGCAGACUGAGUAUGCCUGUGGGAGAGAGCAAAGAGAUUUAAAACACCGCCGCUCUGACCCUGGAAACGGGCUGCUAGCAGGACUGACGUCUUUUGGAAUGUUCAUUGACAGCGUUUAGAACGUUCAUUGACAGCUAGUUAAACAAGAGAAAUACAUUGUUUCUACUGUCUCCGGCUGCUUAAAAAGGAGUAAAAGUAACUGAAAAUUGAAACUAAUUUGAAACUAAUUUUGGAUUGUUUAAAAGAGGAUACUAUUGACUAUUACAAAUAGAAACUGUUUCCCCCUAGUGGAAGCCUUUGAAACUGGUUGCUUUACAAGAGCUGGGCUAGGGGAAUUUCCAGCUGCAAGUUAAAAACCGUGAGACUCUGGGACUGACCUUGAAUCUUUUAUGUGUUAUGGUAAAUGGAAGAGGAAAAACAGACCAGUCAACUGCUGACAAAACAUUAAGGUCUGGGAGGACUUGGCAACAAUCCAGGAGAGGUCCAUCAUCAGGCCCCCCUGCUCCUUCUGUUGCUGCCUUUGUACCAGUAUAUUUAAAACCAAGAGGAAUGUCGACAGAAGAGGCUUUAGUGGCUGCAUUAUAUAAGAUAAAUGACUCACUCAGCUUAACAGGAAAAUGGACACGAUAAAUGCGAAAGUGGAUGUUUCAAUUACUAAAAUUAACUUAAAUACAGAAAGUAUAAAUAAUACCAAUACAGAAACCACCCAGAAAUUGAUACAGGAACCUACUUUGAUACGGCAAACUGCGGAGGAAGCCAGGGGAAAAGCUGUUGUUACUGAAUGUAAAGUAACACAAUUGGAAAGAAAAAGAAAGAGAGCCCCAGCCCUACAGAGGCAAUUUGAUGAACAUAAGUUGACGCUUGCUAUGACUGAACUUAAAGAAAAACAGACGAACUUGAGGAUUAGAGUUCACCUUUGGUGGACAUGCCCAAGGAUUAAGACACUUUGGGAGAUGAUUCAUAAUGAAAUGAAAAAGGUAUUUAAAUAUACCCUUUUGAAGAAACCAGAGGCCUUUCUCCUGGGCAUGGUCGGCCAAUUGGUGUUAAAGAAGGAUAGAACUUUUUUCAUGUAUGCAACAAUAGCAGCAAGAAUACUCAUUGUGAAGUACUGGAAGACACAAGAUUUAUCUAUUGGGGAAGAAUGGCAGAUGAAGUUGAUGGACUAUAUGGAAUUGGCGGAAACGACUGGCAGAAAUCCGAGAUCAGGGAGAAGAGUCGGUGGAAGAAGACUGGAAAAAGUUUAAGACUAUUUAUAGAAAUACUGUAAAAAUAAUGAAUGUUAGAAAAAUGUUGGAAUGAAGUUAUAUGGCUCUAGUAGAAAUGCUAUAAGGAAUCAAGUAUAAAUAGAUUAAUAGAGUAUUAAAGGGAAAAAUAAGGUUAGAAUAUGUUAAGAUAAUUAUAGGAUAGAAAACAGAGGAAGAUGGAAAGGAAUUGCUGAAACAAUUAACAGAAGUGGAAUACAAAAAGGGAGGUGUGAGGAGGUCGUGGAAAUAAGGGAAUGAAAGAUAAGAUAUUGAAAUUGUUUUGGGUUUUAAAUGGUUUGUGUCUUGUUUUGUUAGUCUUAUGUUUUUUUCUGUUUCUGUUUUUUUCUUUUUCUGCUUUGUUGUGUUUAAACAGUUGGAAAAUUAAUAAAUAUUAUUUAAAAAUAAUAAAAAAUGAAGUCAUCUAAUCUGCUUUUUUUGGAAUUGGGCAGAUUACUCAAGCUCUGUGAUGAAGCAAUCCUUUUCCUCCUUUUGAUCAUAUUAGUGAACAAACGCUGUUCUUAUAUAGGGCAGAAAAAUUCCAGAUUCUGUGGAGUCCUGUCUAGCUGCUAAGCCAAAAGUGGUGUCUUUGCUGUUGUUAAAUUAGGCAAGCAGUCAAUAAGCAGUAGAGGCACAAUAGUCUUGCAAUAAUUUUGCAGGUGUCAGCAAAUAACUUGGCAGUGAAACCUUAAGUCAUAAACUAUUGAGUUGCAGUGAAGGCAAUAACAUCUGCAAAACAACAGGCAAACGCAGUGGCAGAGCAGUAAAACAGUAAAAUUAAGCAAGAAAACAAUAAAACACUAAAACCAGUUCAUAAAACAAUAAAACUUAACUAUAAAAUCGGAAACUCAGUUGGGGCUGCUGGCGCUGUCACCAUCUGACUGGAAGUCUUGCAUUUUAUGAUUCUAAUGGCAGAGGUUGAGAGAGAGAGAGAGAGAGAGAAUGAGAGAUAGAUAGAUAGAUAGAUAGAUAGAUAGAUAGAUAGAUAUUUCUUUCUUUGAUGGUGUCUGUAUGGUUCUGUCAUGGCCUUGGGCUAGUAAAAUAAAGCUUAUCUUCUGAAAGGUUCUUAUCAGGUAGCAGGUGGGCUGCCUGAUGCAGGAUACGUACAUGCCCAAUGCCAUAGCCAAACCUACUGUUUCCUGUAAUCAAUAAAGCUGUGGCUUAAUUCUGUCUGAUCGAUAUUGAUCCAGAGUAGAUUCCAAUGUAUAGCUAGCAGAGUAAAAACUUAAACACACUGCAGGAAUCCCAAAAAAUAGACCAGAGGCAAUUGUAUUUCAUCCAGCAGAGCUUUACUGCUACUGAAGGCAAAUGAGCAUAAUGGUCACAAAUCCAAUACAAUCAGGAUUGGCCCUGUCCAUAAGAAAUCCAGUUGCAGCAGACUUAACUUAAAUUUACAAUUUAACUUAUAAUAAGACUAAAGCCUUAACACUAAGCAUGCUAUAUACAGAACACUACACCAGAAGGAAAGAGAGGUAAAAAGUGAAGCCCAGGCUCCUUCUGGCCUUAUUAUUCUAGUCAACAUGACCUUGACAGAAAGAGAUAACAGAACUAAUUUAGCCCAGCUGUACUCAGCUUCUUUGAAGGAAUAAUCCAAACAUCAUGAACCUUCUGCUUGCUUCUUUCACACAGAGAAGCUUCCAGUAGCUUCCAGAACCAUCUCUACACAUCAGAUCAAUACUUUCUGCACUAAGAAAUGCAAAGUGACAAAUUCAACCCAAUGACAGUCUCCUUGUGGCAUUCUUGUGGCCCUCCCUUCAUCUGCUGUGACCAUUAUGCACCUGUGCGGGAAAUACUGGAUAAGUCUCACGCAGUGCUGUUGGGGACUUCAAUAUCCAUGUCAAGGAUGCCUCAAAUGGGUUGGUUCAGGACUUCAUGGCCUCCAUGACAACCAUGGGGCUGACUCAGGGCAUCGAUGGUCCAACACAUGUAGCUGGGCUUACCCUCAACCUGGUCUUUGCCUUAGAGGGGAUUGGUAAUACUCCAUUGACUGUUUUAAAACCGUUGUACUGGCUGCCAGUUUGUUUCUGGGCCCCAUUCAAGGUGCUCACAUUAUUCUUUAAAGCCCUAACUGAUUUAGGCCCCAAAUAUCUGAAAGACCACCUCCUUCCCUACUGACCCUCUUAGGCCCUUAAAUGGCAGCUCCUCCUCCACCCCACUCUGCAUGGCCCCUAGUGAGAGAUGAGGGGAGCUGAUUUGUUUAUGCUUAUUUUACAAAUUUAUAAACCACAUCACAGCCUAAGGCUACAAAAGCAGUGUCUGUGACAAGAUUUUAAAAAGAUGAAAUACAAAAAAAAGAAAUAAGCAUUCCAAAAACUGAACCAUUUCUACAAAUUUUAUUUAUAAAAUACGAAGUAUUACAUUAAAGGAAUUCAAAAGAGCAUUCAAUCACUCAAGAAGUGUAUUCAGAUAUAUUUAAAGGGGGCUAGGGAUCCAUUUUCCUGCCCAUUACCCUCCACAAGGCUCCUUUCACAUCCUUGUUCCUCAAACUAUAGAUCAGAGGGUUCAGCAUUGGAGUGACCACAGCAUAGAAGACAGCAACAAAUUUGUCCUGGUUUGAAGAUCCGCCUGGUGACCUUAGGUACAUGGCCAUAGCUGUGCCAUAAAAUAUCCCAACCACUGUAAGAUGGGAGCCACAGGUAGAAAGAGCCUUGCUCCAACGCUGAGCUGAGCGAAUCCUCAGCACUGCCAGACUAAUGCGAACGUAAGUCAGCAAAAUGAAGGCAAAGGGUACUAAGAGAGUGAAAACACUGCUGCCUAGUGAGAAACCUGCAUUGGCUGAGAUAUCAGAACAUGCUAGUUUCACAACAGCCUGAACUUCACAUGCAAAAUGGUUGAUGACAUUGUGCCCACAUAGUUUGAUCUUCAUGGUGAAGGAUGGUACAAGGGUCAACAGGGAGGCCAAGACCCACGAGGAGACAGCCAGACAGCCACACAGCCUUCUGUUCAUGAUCAGCGUAUAGUGGAGUGGCAUGCAUAUCGCCACAAAGCGGUCAUAAGCCAUGACAGCCAACAGAAUGCAUUCCGUUGUCCCAAGGAAGAGCGAGAUACACAUCUGGGCAAAACAUCUGGCAUUGGAGAUAGUGGGCCUCUCCGUGAAGCUGUGGGCCAGCAUCUGUAGGACUGUGCUGGUAGUAUAACAGAUGUCAAGAAGGGAGAGGUUGCCUAGAAAGAAAUACAUGGGGGUGUGGAGGUGAGGAUCUGCUAUGAUCAAGAGGACAAUAAGGCCAUUCCCAAGAAGAGUCAUUAGAUAGAGGAAGAGAAACGCGACAAAGAGCACCCUGCGCAUGAGUGGCUGGCUGGAGAGCCCAGUCAGGAGGAAGAUCUCUGGUGUCGUUUCAUUAUCAUCUUCAGGAACCAUGGCGUUGUAAAUCCUUCCCAAGAUGUGGAAUUAUCUGCCGGGAUAGUAAAGAUGCCCCCAAACUAUAUUAAUUGGAGUGUGACUCAAUCCCAUUACUAUUAUUGUUGGUGGAAUGAUAAUUUUAUAAUGGUGAAAUGCUUAUUUUAUAAUGUCAUCAAAUAAUUCAUGUUUCUUUGAACAAGGGAUGGAUGACUAUUUCAGAUUCAAUUUCUCACUGUUUCUAAACCUUUUCAGUUUUAAAUUCAGUUCUCCAUAUAUCAACAUUAGUUUGUGAUUGAUUGAUUGAUUGAUUGAUUGAUUGAUUGAUUGAUUUAAAAGCCCUUGUGAAAUUUCAUUAGCAUCUUGGCUCUAAUUUUUCCUAAUAUACACAUUUUCUAUGUGAAGAAAAUUACACUCUGUGUGGAAAAUGUAUCCUUGGAGCAGAGCUAUGAAACCCCAAUCUUGCUACAUACAAUGGUGGUACAAAUCCACCCCCUAUGCAAAUAUCAUAUAUACAGUGUAUUUAAAUGUUCUAGGGAAAUCUGUGACUCUCCAGAUGUUGCUGGACUACAACUCCCAUCAUCCCUGACCAUCCUGGCUAGGGCUGAUUUCCAACCAUAUGCAGGAGGGCCAUGCAUUUGUGCCACCACUGUAAGUAAACUGUGCCAACAUACUUCCAGUGCUCCUUGCAAAUUGAAGUGACCCAGAAAGGAGUUAAGUGCUAAGAACGUAACAUCUGAAGGAGGAUUCCCACUCCUUUGCUGUUUUAUAUUACCCUUCUCCUAGAGCAGCAUUCAUUGCGUUCUCUCCAAACAUGUUGGUACCAUCAGAUGUAACAAGCAUGAUAUUUGACUAAUGUGUUCUUGUUAAUUGUCCUGUUUUAUGUUGUACUCCACAUGUAGCAGUGGACAUACCAUUCUCUAAGUUUUAUUUGCUGCCACAAAAAUUCUUACAGUCAUAGGGGUCACAUCCAAAUACAGAUGGAAGAAACUGUCAUGUUUGGUUCUCUCAGGUUCUCAUUUUCCCCAUCUUAAAGUCAGUUCUCCACAUGUCUGCUACAAUUUGCAUUAUUAUUAUUUUAACAAUCCUCAUGAAAAUUCUUCAGCAUUUUAGUUUGAAUUUCUCCUAAAAAAUAAAUUUUAUAUGCAGUUUUGACUGACGUUCACAUUUGUGCAAGCACCUUCCCUAUAUAUAAUGCAUUUUUGUAUGUUAUUAUCAGUUCCAUAUUCUUUUUACAUAUAUUUUCUCCUAAUAUAUGCAUUUUUGUGAACAUUGCUUGCUUAGAGAACUGCACCAUAAAAUUUGGAUAAGUGCAAGUUCUGGAAGAUGGCUGUGUUUCAGUUCUCAUAUUGAUUCAGAAAGUGCAAAUUUGGGGGGUAUAGCCAGGUACUUUAAAUGUAUGCUGUGGAUGUGACUAUAGUAUGAUAUUGUGUGGUAUUAAUAGGGUGGUGAACAUCUGUAAUGGAAAAAAAAUGAUGGGUGUUCUCCUAAAAGAAUCAAUUACUAAAGUCAGCUUGCUAUAUUACAGUUUAAAUUUUUGACAAAAAAAUGUAAAAUACAUACAAAAGAAACUUGAAAUAUUUACCUUAUGGGGUGUCCUGUUGGAUAACAUUUGUUGAAAGGGAAAAUAGGUUGCCUGAUGGAUCUGAAUCAAAUAGCCUUGUGCAGCCUAAUCUCAUACACAUUUCCUUAAAAUUAAGUUCCAUUAACCUCCAUGCGGCUUCCUCCCAAGUAAAUGUGCCUAUAAUUGCAGCUUUAGGAACACUUCUAAAAGAACAUAAGAAGAUCUAAUCCACUAACAUCGCGAGGGGAUUUCAAAUGUUUUGAUUAAAUUAAAGAAUAAAUAAAACACCUUUCUGGUUAUGACACCAGUCUAAGAAACAGCAAAUGUUUGAUAAAACCAUGAAAAACCAAAAACGCUUCUUAUAUCAUCUGACUUAAUUAGGCUGUGUUAACAAAUUUGGGGGGGGGGGGACCAGAAUAUCUCUGCUGAUUCAAAUGGCAACAAUGGAAAGCUGAAUCAAUCUUCUCAACCAAGUUUCUGAUCACAAGUGGUUAAUUCUUGUCUUCAUGGCCUGAGGAACCAUCAGGUCUAGGCCCCCAUCUGAACAGAAUAAAAUCCAAUCUCUGUGUGUGACUAGAAAAUAACAAUUUUUAUAAUUAAAACUUGAAAACUCAUUAUCAUGAGUCUUUAUAUCCCUGAGAGAUUUCAAAAGUUAUCUGUACAGACUUCAUACCUCUGAGAAUAUAUCCUAGACAGGCAAUUAAGAGCAAACUUAGCAUGGGUUAUUUAUUUAUUUAUUUGAAUGGAUUUUUAAAGACAUAUUUUUGUCCAUAUGGCAUUGAAAGCAGCAUACAACAAAGCAGUAAUAGAGCAGAACACAAAAAAUGGCACCUCAUGACAUUGAAAUUGGGCAUAUUUAUAAAAAUUAUACCAGUUCAUAUAUGUAAAAAGAAAUCUUUAAGCAGUUUACAUAAGAUAUAACCAGGAAAGAAAAAGUCAAUAUGAAUUCAUAUAAAAAUAAAAGCAAAGUGUCAUUUUGUUGUUGACAUUUAAAGCCCUUGAGUAACUUGAGACCAAAAUACUGUACAGUGGUACCUCAGGUACUUAAUUCGUUCCAGAGGUCCGUUCUUAACCUGAAACUGUUCUUAACCUAAAGCACCACAUUAGCUAAUGGGGCCUCCUGCUGCCGCCACGCUGCUGGAGCACGAUUUCUGUCCUCAUCCUGAAGCAAAGUUCUUAACCUGAAGCACUAUUUCUGGGUUAGCGGAGUCUGUAACCUGAGGCAUAUGUAACCUGAAGCGUAUGUAACCUGAGGUACCACUGUACUGGGAAAUCAUGAAAGACCAUUGUUAUCUUGGGGAGAUUUGAGUCAAGCCCAGCGAUUGCCCCUCACAUGCCCAGACAAUUCCUAGGCAUGAGUCAACUAAGCAGUUCAUUCUGUUUCUUGUCGUCAGCAUGAUUCUGUGAAAGAGAGUACAGCUUAGUACCACCUGUCAAAUUCUGGGCUAUUCUUUAUGCAGAGUCUGACACUAACACACUGGAUGGCACCGGAUGCUUUUCAGGCAUUUAAGAGCAUCUAGAUGGAGAUCCAGAGAGGGAUCUCCUUUGGCCCUUGCCACCUCUGGGGAGGAAUCCUCUGGCCUUGCCCUCCAAAAGGGGCUCUCAGGCAACCAUGUUACCUUACAAACAGCCAUAAACACAAUCUGAUUUCCCUAACUCUAGUUACAACCCUAAAGUCAAAGUUUUUUAUUAGAAUUACUUGUAACUUUUAAGAGAUCACAUAUAUCUAUAGUUUUAAUUCUAUUAAUGUUUAAUUGCUUUUAAUGAUUGCUUCCCCACUAUGCUUUUAGUUGUUUCUAUUUUAUCUGUAAAGCCAUCUUGAGUCCCUGUCAGAGAAAAGGGGGGGAAUAUAAAUCACAAUAAUUAUUAUUUUAGAGUCACUGACCUAUGUCCAUUUACCCAUAAAAUACAUCUUCCAGCAAAGUUGCUUUUGUACCCUAAGAUCUCACCUUGAUCUGCACAUCCUUUGUGUGAGUUCCUCUGCUCAUCUGUACAUGCCAACUGUUACAUCUUCAAUUCAUCUUUGUUGGUAUUUGGUUAAUAUUAAAAAGAAUUUCCCAGAAGUCUUAAAUCACAAAAGCAAACAGCAAAGAGAAGUGACUUAACAUGACUAAGUUAGGUCCAUUAAUUUCAGUGGGUCUACUCUGAGUAACAGUUGAAUACCACCCAUAUUCUUCCCACUUGCCCUUCUCACCGUCUUCUGUUGUCCCCAUUGUAUUCAAGUAUACAUUAUGAGCCCCUCUGAGCAGAGACCUGACAUUUAAGAGUCUGUAAGCAACAUGUAGCAAUUAAAAUUUUACAAGCCCAAUCAUGCUGCUCCACUUACAGUGUAGUUUAAGACUAAGUCCAACAUGCCAUCUAAAAAAAAUACCCUGCAUGUUCUAUGGCUAUUUUACUUUUUUCCCUGCACUGUCAUGUAUUUGUAUAUGAUUAAACAUUAGAACCGUAACCUAUUUAUUUGUUUAGAAUAUUCAUAUAACUACUUUUCAACAAAAAGUGUUCCAAGUGGCUUAUAUCGUAGAACAAAGGGACUUUGGAAACAUUCCAAAAGAGUUUUCACCUACAUGAUGUCCACUCCCAGUUGGGGCUGGACUACAUCUCCCUCCAGCUCUCACUCUUACCCAUACUGGCUGGGGCUGAUGGGAGUUGUAGUCCAAAAUAGCCGGAGAGCAGCAGGCUGAGGAAGGCUGUUUUAAAACAUUUUAAUCUUAAUUAUGGUUCCCUCUAGUGUCUCACUCUACCUUGAGCCUUGUGGAUUUCAUGGAGCAGAUGGUAUCAACCACUUACGCCUCACGAAACUAGGCAGAGGAGGUAGUGGGAAGUGUUAUGUACUGAAGUUCUCACCCUGGGCCAGCAGGGGGAUACUGUAGAUAGUUAUGCAAAUGAAGGAUCAAAAAGUGACGUUCAGUGAUUGGAUAGUUUGUAUGCAAAUGAAGGAUCGAAAGUGACGUUCAGUGAUUGGAUAGUUUUAGAAAAUGGCAACAGUUACAUUGUUCUGGAGCUCUAUAUAAGCAGGCUGACUGAGCUCCUCUUUUUUUUUUUUAAUUAAUAUUUAUUAAAGUUUCAGAAAAAAUAAAAUCACAUUAAUAAACAAGAGAAAUUUGAAAAGAAAAAAGAAAAAUACACAAUACAAAAUACAAAAUACAAAAUACAAAAAGAUAAAGAAAGAAAAAAAACAGUUAAAAACAAUUCCGUCUUUUCAUAACUUCUUUUACAUUUACUUGUUUCCCGGACUUCCUCAUACCUCCCUCUUUUGUAUUCCAAUUCCGGUUGUUAAUCCAGCAAUUUCUUUCCCUCCUUUUUAAUCCCAAUCCUUAAUCUUAAUAUAUUAUGACAUUAGAUUUUUACCUAUUUGAAACCAAUUUUUCCACAGGCUGACUGAGCUCCUCAGUCAGUUCUGUUCCAGCUUACAAAUAAAGAGCUGCUUUGGAAGAAUCGCUGUGUUGUCUGAUAUGUUCGCCCACAACUUAACACUGGCGACGAGGGUGGGAUCGAUGGACAUCAGAGCACAGCCAAAUGCGGCCAUCCUCUGAACUGAGCUGAAUCACUGAGCUGAAUCACUGAGCGAAAUCACUGAACAGAACCAAUUCAGAGCUGACUGUUCUGGCUAGAGCACUGUGUUCCAUCCAUCGCCCUUCACGCCGGCAUCGGAAUCAUGGCUUCACUUGUGCCUCUACCGCCGUUUGCGCCAGCCUCUGAAUCAUGGGACUCCUACCUAGCUCGGUUCGACUGCUACCUCCAAGCCAACGAGCUGACAGCAGUAUCAAAGGAACGGAAGUGGGGCCUAUUCCUCAGCCUCUGUGGGCCUGAGGUGUUUGAGACGGGUUGCUCCUGAAACAGUCCAGGCAACACCAUGGGACACGAUCCAAGAGAAGCUCCGCAACCACUACGUGCCAAAGCCAUCCAAGAUUGCUGCCCGCCAUGCGUUUUACCACCGGAACCAGGCAGAGGGGGAGUCAAUCAACAACUACACCACCGCCCUGCGACAGGCUGCAAUGCACUGUGAGUUCCGAGACUUAGACGAUGCCCUGAUGGAUCGAAUCGUCUGCGGGGUCCGGGACAUCCAUCUGCAACGGCGUCUCCUCGCCAAGCCAGACCUCACGCUGCAGAAAGCCAUUGAGGAGGCUGUGGCCUCGGAAGCUGCUGAACGCUCCGCCCAGGAGAUCCGCAAGGCCAGCAGCCCGCGUCUUGCUAGGAAGCCAGUUCCAGUGCAUCACGAAGAGGCCAGCAGUGAUGAGGCAUCCUCCAGUGAAGACGAUGACGUGCACCAGACAAAGCGGGAGCGCAGAAAGUUCCAACAGAAGUCCAAGGGAAUGUGCCGGCUGCAGAGGCAACCAUUCCCGUGCCAAGUGGUGUCAAUUCAGAGACGCCAUCUGUCGGACGUGUUCCAGAAGGGGCCACAUCGCUGA